UUUUUUUUCCCCUUCCAGAAAACCACUUUUAUUUCUUAAACCCGCCUCCUUUUUCAGGAAGUGGUGGUUUUGGGCUGCUGUUAAAAAUGCUUCCUCGGCUUCUGGCAACGUAAGAGAAUUUCCUAUAUUCAGGAUUUCCAGGUCUGCUUUGAACAAAGCACCAGUCAGCUGUCAUGAAGACUUCACCGACCCUCUUCCUUCUCACCCUAUUUAUUAUUGAAGGAUUAUCUCUGGAAUGUGAAAAAUGCCUUGGCCUAGGAGAUUGUUCUGGGAAUAUGGUGACAUGUGAUAUUGGGAAAGACAGAUGCAGUGUUACUGAUAUGGUCCUCCCAAUCGGACUAUCCGUGAAUAUAAAAACCUGUGUCUCGUCUGACGUCUGUGACAAAGGUGUUCAAGUAAUUAAUAUGGGCCAGAAAGGAAAAGCGGUGGCCCACCUGAAAUGCUGCGAAGGAGAUGAAUGUAGAAAUGCAGUCCCUCCAGAAUUGCCCAAGAAGGCCCCAGUCAAUGGGAAGCAGUGCCCAGCAUGCUUUGCGUUGGGAAGAACAUGUCACGAAGAAGUUACUGAUUGCACUGGAGAUGAGCUGUACUGUGCCGAAGGACUUCUGGAUUCAGGAAUGGAUAUACUUCCUCUGGAGGUCAUCUUGAAGGGAUGUGCAAACAAAGCUCUCUGUGAUAGCUUGGUUGGAUAUGAAGCCAUAGCUCCUGAGAACAGUGGAGAUCACACUAUGCGAUGCACACCAAAUUCUUCAACCUACCAACAGGAGUUCACAACCAUUGGCAUUAAUACCAUUCCCAGAUGGUUUGGGUUCUUCAUCACAAUUCUUUCUGGCAUCCUUCUUAGGAAACUCCUGGCUUGAUUUUUGCCAAGUGUAAAGAUUUCAUCAUAGGAGAAAAGCCAAAUAGGCCUAUGGUAUUCCAAAAACUGGAGUCUGGUAGCACUUUUUCAGCUAAGAAAGUUUAUUAAAAGCAAUAGGUUUUUUUUUUUUUGUGAGCUGUAGCUUACAUCCAAUGUACACUUCAUUAGAUGCUUUAAAUCGUCAGGUCACCUUAAGAUUCAGUGGUCCACUUUGCUUCCAGCUUCUGUAUAUUCUACAAUCAUAGAUAUUUCAAAAGAAAACCAGGAAAGAUUUAUUAAUCAGAGGCUCACAGCACUUGACUUAAUGUUUUUGAUGUCCAGGAGUGGUUUCUAACAGUAGAAGGGCAGGCUAAUGGGCUGUAAUGUUAUCACUAAUUGUGAUGGUGAGAAUUAAUGUUCAGUUGUGGUUCUCAUUCACUAUCAGAUGGAUGUACGGUCUUCAAUUCCCUUCAGCCCUAGCCAAGACAGACUUUCUUCUUGUGGCUCUAGAAUAAACUCAAAGGGUGUGAUUAGAACAGAACAGAACAGGAGUAGAGUAGAGUGGAGUAGAGUAAAAAAGAAUUCUUUAUUGGCUAAAUAGACACACAAGGAAUUUGUCUUGGGUGCAUAAGCUCUCAUUGUACAUAAAGCUGUAAGUGAUAAAUCAUAAUCAUAAAAAUACAUUCCUCAUAAAUCAUAAUGUUGUGAUUAGUAGCAUUUAUUAAGAAGAAAGAUGUUAGUUAUCCCACAAGAACUCCAUCAACAUGACUUUCAUGUAAAGCCUCUUUAUACAAUUUAUUCUAGUGCCAAAAUCAGCAGUGCCAUUUUUUUAGGGUCUUCCAAUGGAAAGGAAGAAAAACAGGGAUGUAAGCUUCAUUUUUCUGGAAAAUUGUACCGGCUUGCAAUUUUGAAAACCACCAGCUCCCCUUUAUCGGUCCAUUUGAGAAGUGAUCUUCUGCAUAUCAGGUUUGGGAGAUGAAUGAGAACUGCAGUUUACCAGUUGCUGGACAACAUAAUCUUGAUGUGUUCUGGUAGCCCUAGAUAAAACCUAAGCCUUAGAUGGAAUUGGUAAGAUCAGAAUGGAAUGAUCCAUUUCAGUUGCUUCCCAUGUUCACUUAUUUUGUCACAUUCCCAUCCAUCUGCUUGUAAUUUUGAAAAGCAACAACAACAACAACAACAACAACAACAACAAGGCUCUGGUUUUCCCAGUUGCAAUGUAUGGCUGUAAAAGUGGGACCAUAAGGAAGGCUGAGCGCCAAAGAAUUGAGGCCUUUGAACUCU